AUGGCUCCGACUGAUGGACAUCGUCGAGGCACGACAGCCGCUGUGGACUCCCUCUUGAAAGCGGCAGAGGAAGCAUUCUCUAAAUGCAACUGGGAAUCCGCUGUGUUCUUCUCAGAGUUGGCUGUGGCGCUACAGCCGUCAGACUCCAAGGCGCGAGAGUCGCAUUGCCGUGCUCUGUUCGCGUGUGGUGAGUAUCUUAGAGUAAUUAAUGAGUACAAGAGUCUAGGAGGGAACGGCAAGGCUAAUACGCAGUUGAUGGGAGACUUAGUGCUGCGUGCUCAGUUACUCACUUUGAAGGAGGAGAUGCCGAACUUCACUCCUACAUCAUCGACUGAGUGGCUUGUGAAGGGUUUGCUUGCACGUCACAAGCAAGAUGGCAAGGCCGCGUCUCAAGCGUUCCUCGAGUCGUGGAGACUAAACCCAUUGAACAUCGAGGCACAACGUGCAGCAUGCCACGCCGUUGGUGGAUUUUAUGGUGCAACUUCAGCAGAGGCGGUAGAGCUCCUCAGAAGCAGCAUUGCUUCUAUGAGCUUCGAUCCGAGCCUCGAGUUCCUCAGAAAGAUGUAA